UGUAACUUUAGUCUCAGCCAGUCUGCACAAGUCAGCCACACAUAGUGCUUGUUCUGUUUCAAGAAUGACUUGACAUGGGGAAGCAAGGCAAACUCGCUGAGAGCAGAUAUAAAGAAUGGCAUCAGAGACCCCCUGUGAAUCCUCCUCUACCGUCGAGGUCUUCAGGAUUCACUCGUGUAAGAUUUGAUUCCAGUGUGACCAAGAACCCAAAUUAUGAGCUAAAGAAACCCGAACGGCAGCCAGAACAGCCGCAGCACUUCAACACUAUUCGUAUCCCAGAAAUGAUGAUGACCUCUCCAUUUCUGCAGCACCCGAGCUUGACGCCAGGACAAAAGCACUAUUUGUACACUGUGGCCGAAGCCUACAGCGAGGAUCACGUGCGAAAGCUGAUAUGCCAACAUUACCUGAACGUGUUACACAGAUCCAUCAGGACAGGUGUCAGUCACGCCAAGGACAUGACUCUCAGCAUCGACCCACUGCUAAGAACGCAUUCACCAGACGUGGAGAGCAGCCCAGAGCAGCAGAAAAAGAGUUCUAAUGGACAGAAACCAAAGGCAUCAAGCAAAAAGAGACUUGUUCUACCUAAAAUCAACAGCCACCGAAAAAGUUUGUCCUCAAGGUUUCCUCCAGAAUCGAAUGCAAGAAAAUCAAAACCUCCAAUGAGAAAGAGAUACCAUGCCUCAGGGCUGGUCCACUGGAAAGCAGAAGAGGACUCAGUGCUUUCUGAGAUCAGCUCCCUGUCUCUUGAAAGUGAGGACGUUCAAGAUUCAGUGCAGCACCAUCAUGUUAAUACAUAUUCAUGACAUCAGUGACUGUUUGUGGAUGUUUAAAGUUCUUAAGCAGGACAGCAUUUAAAAAAAUAAAGAUUCAAGACUUUGACA